CUUACGACCACUCCGAUGGCCUCGCUGUCGACGAGCUUAUGAACUCGAAGGUCCACGGCGGACUGACGUACAACGAUAUCCUCCUGCUCCCCGGCAAGAUCGACUUCGCCGCCAAUCAAGUUGUCACCGAGAGCCAUAUUACGCGUAAUGUCGUUCUCAAGACGCCAUUUUUGAGCAGUCCCAUGGACACAGUCACGGAGGGCGACAUGGCAAUUGCUAUGGCGGUGAGCGCACCCGACCCUCCCGACCCGCAACGUGUCCGACUGUCAUGUCAUCACAGCUCCUGGGUGGUAUCGGUGUCAUUCACCACAACCAGUCUGCGGAAGAGCAGGCGGCGAUGGUGCGCAAGGUGAAGCGCCACGAGAACGGUUUCAUCACCGACCCCGUUGUCCUGACUCCCUCGCACCGAGUUGAGCACGUCCUGGACGUGAAGGAGCGGCUGGGCUUUGCUGGUAUACCCAUCACAGAUACCGGCGCGCUUGGCGGCAAGUUGCUUGGCAUCGUCACGAACCGCGACAUCCAGUUCCGCAGUCCUUUGACGCCGUUGUCGGAAGUGAUGACGACCGACCUUAUCACUGCACCUGAAGGCGUCACACUCGAGGAGGCAAACAAUAUCCUGCGUGAUUCGAAGAAGGGCAAGCUGCCUAUUGUGGACCAAGAUGGCCGGCUCACGUCGCUGCUCUCCCGUUCUGAUCUGCUCAAGAACCAAAACUACCCACUCGCGUCGAAAUUGCCGUCGAGCAAGCAGCUGUACGCCGCAGCAGCAGUCGGCACACGUCCCGCAGACCGGGAGCGGCUUGCGCUGCUCGUCGACGCUGGGCUCGACAUUGUCUUUAUCGACUCGUCGCAGGGCAACUCGGUCUUCCAGAUCGACAUGAUCCACUGGAUUAAGGCAACGUACCCGAAGCUGGAAGUGAUUGCGGGCAAUGUUGUCACCCGAGAGCAGGCAGCGAGCCUGAUCGCAGCAGGCGCGGACGGACUACGGGUGGGCAUGGGCUCGGGCUCGAUCUGCAUCACUCAGGAAGUGAUGGCAGUCGGGCGUCCGCAGGCGACGGCCGUGUACGCAGUGGCGGAGUUCGCGAGCAAGUUUGGAGUGCCGGUCAUUGCGGACGGCGGCAUCCAGAACGUCGGUCAUAUCGUCAAGGCGCUGGCGCUUGGUGCGGGUGCGGUCAUGAUGGGCGGGUUGCUGGCAGGUACGACGGAGGCGCCGGGCGAGUACUUCUACCAUGAGGGCAAGCGCGUCAAGGCGUACCGCGGCAUGGGCAGUAUUGAGGCGAUGGAGCAGGGCAAGCCAGGCCCGACGAGUCAGAUGAAGGGCGCACUGACGAACGGGGUGUCGAAGAAGAAGAAUACGACGCAUGAGAACGCGGCGACCUCGCGGUACUUCUCCGAGUCGUCGGCGGUGAAGGUGGCGCAGGGCGUGUCGGGUGACGUGCAGGACAAGGGCUCGGUGAGGCAGUUCCUGCCGUAUCUAUACACGGGCGUGCAGCACUCGUUGCAGGACAUCGGUGUGCGCAGCGUGGCGGAACUGCAGGAGGGUGUGAAGGCGGGCCGGGUGCGGUUCGAGCUGCGCACGGCGAGCGCGCAGGUCGAGGGUGGGGUGCAUGGGCUGCAUUCGUAUACCAAGCGUUUGUACGCUUAGGCUGUUCGUGAGCGCUGCUCUGUAGGGUCAGGUUGUUGGUCCGGUCUGCAGCAGUAGUGUACUGAUGU